GUGUAUCGUAUAGUAUUCCCGCCGUAUGACUUCACUAUUUGAAUAAAAUAUACCAAAUAGUCAAAGAUCGGCCGCCGACAAGUGCACCUGCAAAAAACUAUAGAUCUAUAUAGAUAGAGCUCUUUGAUCCUUAGUAGUGUUUAAUUAUUACAAAAUUCAGGAUGGGUAAAGAUGAAAAGGAAGACACUGGCUUCGGCUUCAAGGAUAGAGCCAAGGCCGAGGAGACGCUGAGGUUGUUGGAGGCGCACGAGCCCAACUACAGACGGCUCACGGUCCGCGGGCUGCUGGGCAGAGCCAAGCGAGUGUUGUCGCUGACGAAAGCGGAAGACAAAAUAAAAAAUAUUAAGGAGGCGAUGAAGGUGUUCGAAGAUUGGCUGGCCGAGCUGGAGCUGAACAAGCCGGGGAAGGAGGAGAAGGAAGAUAAGAAGAGAAAGAGAAGCGAAGAGAAGGAUUCCAGCUCUGACGUAGAGAUGGAGGAUAGCAGUAAGGAGAAGAAAGGAGAGAAGAAAGAAAAAGAAAAGAAAGAGUCCGCGGACACCGUCCCCGGGCUCGGGUUCAAAGAUAAGGAAGCCGCUGAGAACACUCUCAAACAGCUGGAAGGUCGAGACCCCGACUACCAACAGCUGGCUAUAAAGGGACUCAUACGGAGCGCCAAGAGAGUGCUCACAUGCACGAGGGACGAGACCAAGCUAGCCAACAUUAAGACUUCUAUUGAAAUAUUUGAGAAGUUUCUUGAAGACUUUGAAAGAGAGCACCGCAGCAAGCAGAACAACACGUACAUCAGUCUGGGACUCGUGGAGACCAGUCUAGACCUGGCCGGAGACCGAGUCUCUGAGCAACAGCGAGCCUUCAUAGAGGCGUACAGGUCGGUGGAAGGACAGUACAAGAGAUUGAGAACGGUCCGAGGAGAGGAAGAUAUUACCUGGGACAUCAUCAGGAACAGGGUACUGGCGGAAAUGAAGGAUAAGUACGCUGAUGUUAAACUUUUCGAUGAAGAAGACAAGCCUACUCCAGAACACCUGGAUAUGCUGCUGUGGGCUUACUCGCCGGAGAGAGAGAGAGUUAGGAAACUGAUGAGAGAGAAAGAGCUGGGAGAGAACAGAGAGAACGGAGAGUCACCCAACAAGAAGAUGCGAACAGAAUGAUUAUAAUAAAAUUCUAAUAAUA